UGUGGAAUAUUCCUACUUGACAUCUCCGAUCUCCGACCAUAAAAGCACUCCAUUGCCAGAUGCUCGAGAGGGUCCUCGCUGCAGACUGUAGCGCGAUGACGAAGUGGAUCUAAUCCUCUACAUAGUGGAUGGUUUGGUUUUUAUGCAUUACAGGGAAACAGGAAAUAAAGAUGUGUUGUAUAUGCACUUGGAUCUGGCCAAUCUGCAGUCUGUGAGGUCUUUUGCUGAGAACUUUCUCAAGAGUGAGUCCAGAUUAGAUAUUCUUGACAACAAUGCAGGACUUGUACUAGGAGGCAAGACUCAAAAUGGUUUUGGAAGGAUCUUUGGUGCCAGUCAUCUUGGUCACUUCCUGCAAACCGUUCUGCUGUUGGAACGGUUAAAAGAGUGCAUUCCCAGCAGAGUUGUUACUGUCUCUUCAAUGGCCCAUUUGUGGGGGAAAAUUUACUUCAACUACAUCAACACUCAUAAAGAUUUGGGUUUAGGAAAUUCCACAAUGGAUUUGCUGAAGUUGUAUGCCGACAGCAAACUCUGCAAUAUCCUCUUCACUCACGGGCUGGCCAAGAGACUCAAAGGCACACAUGUCACCUGCUACAGUCUCCAUCCAGGUGGAAAUACAGGUAUCGGUAAGGCCACAGCUAUGGAUGUGGCUGGUCGUGGAGUGAGAGUGAUUCUGGCCUGCAGAAACAAACAGAAAGCUGAGGCAGCUAUAAACGACAUCAAGAUGGCCACAGGCAGCAAUGAUGUCCUGUUUAUGGAGCUUGAUCUUGGAAGCCUCAAAUCUGUUCGAGCUUUUGCGGAGAACUUCCUCAAGUCUGAAUCCAGACUGGAUCUCCUGAUCAAUAAUGCAGGUCUUGUGGCAGAUGGUCGAACUGAGGAUGGUUUUGGCAUCGAGUUUGGCAUUAACCAUCUUGGCCAUUUUCUGCUCACCUGUCUUCUGCUGGACCGUCUAAAGGAGAGUCCAGCGGCUCGGGUCAUCACUCUGUCCUCCAUGGCCCAUCGCUGGGGCAAGAUUGAUUUUGAGUCUCUAGUCGCCACUAAAGACCUGGGAUCAGGAAGAUACAGCUGGCAGUUCUUUCAGGCCUAUUGCAACAGCAAACUCUGCAACACCCUGUUCACUCACGAAUUGGCCAAAAGAUUAAAGGGCACAAAUGUGACCUGCUACAGUGUGCAUCCAGGUGUCGUAAAGACUGAACUGUCCCGCCAUGUCAGUCUUUGGCAGAUGGUGUUUAUCGAGCCGGUGGCGCGACUGCUGUUCCUGGACUCAAAGACCGGAGCCCAAACGACUCUUCAUUGUGCCGUUCAAGAAGGAAUCGAGCAUUUGAGUGGACGUUAUUUCUCUUGCUGUGCCAUGGAGGAAGUCAGUGCCAAAGCAAAGGAUGAUGCAGUGGCCAAAAAACUUUGGGACAUGAGCGAGCGACUAACUGGCCUCUCAUAAACCCAGAGGAACUGUUUAUUGUCUGGUGAAUGGAGACCAUUUCUGUUGUCUGUGAACUUACUCAAGAAAAAACACAUAUGAAGUAAUGAAAUGAAUUGUAGCAUUUUCUGUUUCUGGGACGCACAAUUAUUUACAAAGUUUACAGUGUUUUUUACUUGUAUAGUAGCAUAUUAAUUUCAGUGUGUUGGUGUGAGUGUUUUGUAUUGUAUUAAAGUAUGUAAAGGAGUUACUAUUAUACUGGGUGUGGAUUUUUACAUUGAGUGCAAUUUGUCAUUAUUCUAACAUAUGAGCAAUGCAGUAAUUUACUCUUGAUACAAAUGUGCCAGUGCCCAAAGAAAAUGAAAGUAAAUUGUAGAAAAAUCACAGACAUUUUUGUUAUUGAAUUGCAGUAGGGUGAAUACAGGUAAAGUGUGGGACAGUUUGACCAUUUGUAAUUGCCAUUGUUUUACAAUUUGAUGUCCACAUCAGUGUUAUCUAUUAGUUUAGGAUGUACUUGGUGCUGAUUUUUAGUAAAGGAAGAAUGUACACAAUGGUUAAAUUUAGUUAAAUGUUAAGCGUCUCACCACUUCACCUGCAAUCACCUUUGUCCUAAUUAUGAUGAGACUGAUUUCUAUAUGGGUUUUCUCACCUAAGGAAACAUCUUAAAUGACUUUGUCAACAAGUAAAUCAUGUCAAGUGCAAAUUCCACAGCAUUGUCACCCUGUUCACAUCUAAAAUAGGUUUUUCCUGGUCUAGUUAGCA